UUAACAACAACGUCGGUGGCAGCACUGGUGCGAUCGCUAAUUUGCGUUGAACGACACGUAUUUCGGUACGUGUCUGUGAACUGCGUAAAUCACGCGCAUAUUUCGUGCGACGACCGCAAACGAUCGACGGGAAGGUAGACGAGGACGUAGAGCGAGUCCGAGGGCCCUUUUAUCAGACAGAGGAAGGUAAUCAGCAGACGCAUCGUUCACAUACACAGGCUAUGAAAAUGAAGAUCCCAAACGGCGGGUCUGGAAAUGGGACUUAUUAUGGACAAGAGACAGGCAUCACUUCCUACGUUGACAAUAACAGCGACACGGAGGCUGAGGUGCAAGCGAUAGGCGAUGGCGACUUUUCAGAGUACCUCUGGAUGGAGAACGAAGAGGAGUUUGACAAGCAGGUACUCCAACAACUGGAAGAGGAAGAACUGAUGGAGGAGUGUUUAGAAGCGAUGCUGGAAGAAGAGAGGCAACAUCAAAGAAAUAUGAGCUCUACUGCUUGGUCUACGGCUACUGGCACCUCCGACAAUAAUGCUGCUGAACUUUGUCAACAACUGAGCAGUCUGAGGAUGCAAGACGAUCUUGCCAAGCAGAGUACACUAAAUCCAGAUGCAGCUGAAUUUAUUCCAGCGUGCAAAUCGACUGUGGUAUCACCUGUAAGUACAUCAUCAGAAACCACAGUCACUACAGAACCAUCGUAGAAAUCUUCUAUGUCUUUUCUCUCUUGUCCGUUCUCUAUUUAAGUCACGUAUAAAAUCGGGCUACACGUAAUGAUUAGAAUUUACUGUUUCCAAUCCAACAGUUGUAUUAAGCGGAUCAUCGUGUUAGAUGUUCAAUGACUGUGACUGUAGGUACAAAGAUAAAGAGAGAGAUAAAGGGCGCGAGUUGUGCAUGUAAUUAUGCGCGUCAUUCGAAAUCAGUUACACAAUUAGAUGAAACGAUAACGAAGUAUCCUAAAACUUUUAUAGACGAGAAACAUUGAACGUGAUAUCGUGCGGGAUAAUUAUGUAUAUUUUUUUGCCAAAAUAUUAAAGAACAAUCGCUUUUACAAAUCACUCGUUAAAACAAAUUUGCAAUUUGCAUCUCUUGUUCGAUGCCAUCUCUAUCGAGAAUUCGCUUCUCGCACAGAGGCAAAUGUUUUUAGCAUUUUCAAUCUUUGUAUAAUUUGUAUAAAUUGAAAUCAUUGUACGUCUACAGAAAUAACCCACUGUUCAAGUUAAACUGAAUAGAGGGAACAAAAUGCACUGCAUGGUAUAGGGGGAGGAUUUUCGUAAGUUUAUGAAAUAUGUAUAUGAG